CAAGACAAGGAAAAGUAGGAUAGAAAAAUCACUUUGUUAUAAAGCUCUAAUAAAGACAUAACAUUUUCUUGUAACAUUGGCUUUUUCAUUACCAGUUGAUUGAAGAAAGUUUUUUUUUUUUUUUCAUAAGCUUAAUUGCCACUUCUUCUUGUCUUUCAUCUAAGCCAGCACAUACACUACCAUCAGAGGCAGAGUUUAGCCCCACAUUUUGGAUAUUGAUGUCCAAGUUUAUGGGUUCCCAGAUACCAAAAUCUGUAAGGUUUGGACAUCCAACUUCUAAUUUUCAUGGCAGAUAUGGAGGUUACCAAUAUAGAAGCAGACUGUCUCCGGGGUCAAUAUUGGAAAGCAUAGAGAGAAGAUUUUCAAGUGUUUCUGAUAGCUUUAGAAGAAUAAUUACAGGCUUAGGCUUCAAGCAUUCAGGUGAUCAGUCGGUAAAGAAACCAAAAUUUUGGAAGAAAAUUCUUGAUCCAAAUAAGCCAUUUCUUCAGCAAUGGAACAAGAUAUUUGUGCUCUCCUCUGUCAUAGCAGUAGCCGUGGAUACUCUUUUCUUUUUCAUCCCAGUGAUCGAUGAAAAACGUUAUUGCCUAACCGUGGACCGACAACUUAUGAUCAUUGCUUGUGUUCUUCGUUCAUUCAUCGACUUAUUUUAUCUACUUCACAUGAUCUUUGAAUUUCGAACCGGCUUUCUUCCCCCUUCUUUACCGGUUUUUGGAAGUGGUGAAUUGAUCAAAGAUCCAGUAGAUAUAGCAAAGAAAUAUAUCUUCUCAAACUUCUUGAUCGAUAUCUUAUCCAUUCUCCCACUGCCUCAGCUUUUGGUAUUUGCAAUCGUAACUGCAACGAAAGGCCCGAUUCCAUUGAAGACAAAGGAUGUCGUGAAGAUUGCAGUUAUUUUGCAAUAUAUUCCAAGACUUCUCCGAAUUUAUCCACUAUAUAGAGAAGUAACCAGAACUUCUGGCAUACUGACAGAAACAGCUUGGAGUGGAGCUGCCUUCAAUCUCCUCAUUUAUAUACAAGCUAGUAAUGUAGUUGGUGCCAUUUGGUAUUUGUUAUCAAUCGAACGACAAGCAAAAUGUUGGUUCGAGAAAUGCAUGGAAGAUUGCUUCAACAAUUGCAAGGAAGAUUGCUUCAACAAAUGCAAGGAAAAUAACUGUAUCCACAAUUUUCUGUACUGUGGAGAUCAAAGAGGACAAGUAUACUCGUCUAUAAAUCAGUUCUGCUGUCCUAAGAAGUUCGAAGAUGGCAAGAAUUUCGAAUUUGGGAUGUUUGGUAAAGCCCUUGAGUUUCAAUUAACAACAACAAUGAACUUUUUCCGGAAAUUAUUCUAUUCCUUCUGGUGGGCUCUGCAAAAUGUCAGCUCUAGUGGACAAAACCUUAAAGUAAGCAAGUACAUGGGGGAGGUUUUUUUUGCUGUCUUCAUUGCCACCCUUGGUUUGGUUUUAUUUGCGCUUCUCAUUAGCAAUAUUCAGAAAUAUCUGCAAUCUGCAACAGUUAAAAUAGAGCAGAUGAGAAUCAACCGAAGAGACGCUGAGCAUUGGAUGGCACAUCGUAUGCUCCCAGAGGAGUUGAGGCAACGUAUUCGACGAUAUGAUCAAUACAAAUGGCAGCUAAAUAGGGGAGUUAAGGAAGAGGAACUCAUCAGUAACCUUCCUAAAGACCUCAGGAGGGACAUCAAACACCACCUUUGCUUGGCCCAUCUUAAGAAAGUGCCAUUUUUUAGCAGCAUGGAUAAACAACUGUUGGACUCGAUGUGCGAAUAUCUCAAGCCUGUGUUAUUCACAAAGAAGAGCUUCAUUCUGCAAGAGGGUGACCCAAUUGAUAUGAUGCUAUUUAUCAUGAAAGGACAGCUGGCUACUAUUAUUACUUGUGGUUGGAAAAAUGACCCACUCUCGGCCACUCUCAACGCUGGCGAAUUUUGUGGUGAAGAGCUAGUUCAAUGGGCAAUGGAUCCCACCUCCACUUCUCUUCCCAUUUCAAACAGAACAAUUAAAACUCUAACUGAGGUUGAAGCCUUUGCUCUAACGGCUAAUGAGUUGAAAUUUGUAACUAGUCAAUUCCACUUCCAGCGCCUCAAUAGCAAGCAGUUCCAACUCUCAGUGAGGUUCUACUCUCAUCAAUGGAAAGUUUGGGCAGCCUACAAAAUACAAGAAGCUUGGCACGAUCACACCGAAAGAAAACGGAGGGGGGGUGGAGAUGGUAGGUUUCAAGAUGCAUUAGCUAAAACAGUUGGCCCCUCGGUGAGCUUUAGCGCCACUCUGUAUGCUUCCAUAUUCAUAUCCCAUCUACUGCAAACUGUGCAGCGAGAUCAAUACCAGCAAACUCCCCAAGUCACACGAGUGAUGAAGCUACCGGCUCCUCUGAAGCCAGACGAUGAGCAAGACAAGCCAAACUUCACCAUCUUGGAUCUUUAAAAUUUAUUGUUUGAAGCUCUUUAACCUUCUAUGUCCUGAGUUUUAGGUUCUUGGUUUUCUCUGUGUGAUAUGUGAAUAAUGUAUGAUAAUCAAGAGAAUGUUUUUCCUCUUGCUUGGUUUCAUUUUUCAUUUUCUCUAGCCUACUACUACCUAGUUUCUACCUUGCUGUAAUGUUGGCAUGCCAUUAAAUAGGAACUUAAUGAAGCAUCAUCAUCAUCAAAUUCCAUUUCAUGUAAAGUUUUUCCUGUUUGA